GCUCGCGCCAGACUUGACGGUUGAGCGUCUCAGUCGGGACAGGUGGGAUCUCCGGUCUGACGAGCCGCUGUUGUCCUCACAACAAAGCAACCGGGCCGGAAGAACAAAAAGAUUCGGCCCUGAAACAAAAACAUGGACACAUCGCGGUGACGUUAGUCGUUUUUUCCACAGAAAGUCGCAAGUUUAGCUCCUUUUAUGAGUGAAAAUGCCUCUCCGAGCGGAGAUGAAUUCAACUGAAACUGCGCAGUCAUAGCUUAAUGGGAUCUUUAACCUGAACAGAUAUGGCAGCUGAUGACAAGGUUGCCAUCCUAACGGACGAUGAAGAGGAGCAGAAGAGGAAGUAUGUUCUUUCUGAGCCAUUUAACACCCUGUCCAUGGUGCAGCAGGCGGGCGAGCCGACGCCAGCGCCGCCCGAACAGCUGCCGACCCCCCAACCAGACCCCGUGGACUGCUGUGAGAGGAUGUGCCUUCGGGUUAACAGUCACCUCCUCGUCUCUAAAGUCUUCUACUUCUUCUUCUAUGCCGCCUAUGGCUCUCUGCACCCCCUGCUGGCGGUUUACUACAAACAGCUGGGUAUGUCGCCCAGCCGAAGCGGUCUGCUCGUUGGUAUAAGAUACUUUAUUGAGUUCUGCAGCGCCCCCUUCUGGGGCGUUGUGGCGGACAGAUUUAGGAAAGGGAAGGUCGUCCUGCUGUUUUCUGUUUUCUGCUGGUUGGUGUUCAACUGUGGCAUCGGUUUUGUCAAACCAGCGGAGAUGAAGUGUGAGAAGGUCCCCUCCGCUGUGACCACUGCACCAGCUGUGCCAACAACCACUCCUCCAGCUAACGUGACUCUUCCAGCUAACUCCACCAACCACACCAGGAGUCGGAGGAGUGCUAUAGACCUCCUACGGCUCACAGAAGUCCUGGACUCUUCCUUUAGCGUGAUCCAUCGAUACCAACGAAGUAUUGAUGCCAAUGCAACUUCAGCUCCCAGCACCACUGCACUCACACCAAACUCCGCCCUCCAGACCACCACCACCUCUUCCUCCUCACCCACCUCCCCGGCUCCAACUACUAAGAGCGAGUACCGCAUCGUCUACAAUGAGGACCAGGUGCAGAACAUCUUCCUGAUCAUCCUGCUUGUCAUCAUCGUGGGCGAGUUCUUCAGCGCUCCUGCCGUCACCAUCGUGGACACCGUCACCCUGCAGUACCUGGGUAAAGCCCGGGACCGCUAUGGCCUGCAGAGGAUGUGGGGCUCUCUGGGCUGGGGUCUGGCCAUGCUGCUGGUGGGCAUCUGGAUCGAUCACACGCACAUACGCGUCUUGAUCGACGGCAUCGGCUGCGUCAUGCCUGAAUACCGCCUCCACAACUACCAGCUCGCCUUCAUCGUCUUCGGCGUGCUGAUGGGCGUGGCCCUCAUUGUGGCCACUCAGUUUUAUUUUGAGAAAGGCAGCGAGUACCGACAGAAGAUCCCAGAAGUCCCCGAGAACUCGGCGAACCCUCAGCCCCCUCUUGAGUCCAGCUCCCCAGACCAGACACCCGUCAGCCCCGAGGGCACCCAGGAGUUCCAGUACUGGGACCUGCUGAGGCUGCUCUGCACGGUGCGCUACAGCUCCAUACUCUUUGUCGCCUGGUUCAUGGGCUUCGGCUACGGCUUCGUCUUCAGCUUCCUGUACUGGCACCUGGAGGACCUGAAGGGGACGACCACGCUGUUUGGGGUCUGCUCCGUCCUGAGCCACGUGUCUGAGCUCGGGGCUUACUUCACCAGCCACAAGUUCAUCGAGCUGGUGGGACACGUCAGAGUGCUGUACAUCGGCCUGGCCUGCAACACCGCUCGUUACCUGUACAUCUCCUACCUGAAGAACGCCUGGAUCGUCCUGCCCAUGGAGGUCCUUCAAGGUGUGACCCACGCCUCGGUUUGGGCGGCCUGUAUCUCCUUCCUGAGCGCCGCUGUCCCUCCGGCUCUGAGGACGUCUGCACAGGGGAUCUUGCAGGGUCUGCACCUUGGACUUGGCCGGGGUUGUGGAGCCAUGGUGGGAGGAGUGUUCGUCAGUUAUUUUGGUGCUGCAGAGACAUUUAGAGGGAUUGGCAUGGCCUCCCUCGUCAUCCUCCUCAUCUUCUCUUUGAUCCAGUGUCUGAGUGGAGACACUGAAGGAAAAGAGGAUCAGAUCUUAGCGGAGAACAUCCCAGUUCCUUCAAGCCCGGUUCCCAUCGCCACCAUCGACCUUGUCCAGAGCCACGGCGCUCUCGAUAGCCCAACCCCGCCUCAUCCGGCUGCCGUCUUACUGGUCAGGAAGACCAAGCACCAAGAGGACCAGGAGGAUGUGACGAGGCCGGCCUGGGUCCUGGCCGGCGCCCCCUGGGUCUCCAUCGCCUUCGCCGUUGUCCAGAUCAGAGAGAUGAUGAAGAUGAAGAAGGAUCUUCCUGCAGAGAGUCAGCAGCUGCAGGCUCCUAAUGAUCAGGCGCCAGCUUCGUAUGAGGCAGUCGUGGCGUUGCACGGAAACCAGAAUAAUGACAAGCAGGCAUCCGCCUCUGAAACCCCACCUGACACCACCCACCCAGACGCUAACAGGGACCAAACGCGACCUGACUCAGACGGAGGAGAGUCUAAAGAAAACUGAUGCACUUGGCUUCAAACUUGGUGUGUUUUAUUUCUCCAAAAGUCCUGAAGGAAGUAUUCAGAUCUCCUUCUACCUGUUUAUUUAUAAGAUGGACAAAAUGUCCAGAAAAUACACAGAACUGAGAAAAAAAAUCAUCCAAGAUGAUGGAUCACUCCUCAGGGUGAAGAAAUCUAACGCACCUUUACCUGUGUGCACUAAUUGCUGUCGGGCGCUGCAGGACGUUAUUUCCUAUGUAAAUGUACAUCUUUCUAAGUUAUUUAAUUAACCUGAAAAGUGUAGAAAUGUCAGUGAAAUCUAUAAAAACAGCUUUUUAUUUAAGUUAGCAGCACUAAUGUUUCACGUACAGAUUCUCAGACGACAGAAAAGUUUUUUUCUCAACAGGUUUUGUUUUGUUUUGUUCAAAACCAAACUUUAUCUGGCCUUUUCUGUGUUUUAAACCAACAUCUCUUCUGCAUCUGACUUGUAUUUAUCCGUUAAAGAGACGGAGCUCAUUAUCAGUCCUCCAACUCUUCAUUAAACCCGUUUCUCAUUUAAAUUAAUCAUGUUUCUGUUAAAUGACAGCAACGGUAAAUCCUAAUAUCAGGGAUUGAAUUAACUGAACCAAUUGGUAAUACGUUCUUUACAGUAUUUAAUUUAGCCCAAAAACAAAGAGGAACCAUCACAAACGAACUCGCUAACAAAUGUGUUUUUUUUUUCACGGCGAUAAAGGAUCAUUUAAACAAAAUUAGCAUCUAAGACUCAUUUCUUUAUUUCAGUUUUUAAACGACAUUUAUAAUUCUCUCUUUCCAAGAAAAAAAACUGUAAACUUUAAAUUAUUUAGCUAAAUUUCCUAAUUAAGGAUUAAUCUGUGUGUGAGGCUGGCAGCUCUGUAAUAAUCUGAUAAUUUAGUUUUAUUUGGCCGCGACUCGUGAUGAAGAAGUGCCUCUUUUCUACGCGUCUUAAAGACCCUUUUCACUGUGCUGCUGCACCCCCGCGGAGACACCCGCCUUCUUUAACACGGCUGCAUUCCAAUAUUUUCAUACUCAAACUGCCAACAGCAGAAACGUGCGGCAGCCGCUGCUUCUUUGUGAUUUUCAUGCCAAAUAAUUCCCAGUAUUCCGUCUUUUUCUGUGGAGAAAAGCCUUAAAAUAAAACUUUUCUUUGAUGGUGUUCCGAUGAAUAAAGGACAUUUUGAAAUUGUA